AUGGCGUCGUGCACCUUCCGGCAAGCUUUUGUCAACAUUUCCGACCUGCACCCUAAUCUCUCUCGCCCAAGCAUAAUGGGCAUUGUAAUUGGGAAAACAGAUGUCAAAGGAUUUCCAGACCGAAAAAAUUUUGGAUCUGAAAGGUACACAUUCAGAUUCACCAUCAGAGAUUCUCCAGCGGCCUUCAUCAACGCCUCGUCUUGGGGUAGAGAGGAGUAUAUUAAAUCUCUUUCUGAAAGCUUCCGGGUUGGUGACUGUGUUAUGAUUGAGAAUCCUCUUGUGCAAACAAAAGACCUGGAGAAAGAAGAAAAAUUUAAUCCUUCAACACCGGGUUGCUACAAACUGCUUAUAAGUGAAGUGCAUUCUGUGGUGAAGAUUUGCUCCAACCGGGAUACUGAUGACUCCCUGCUGUCAUUACUGCAUGUCCCCACUCAGCACCCACAUGAUUACUAUUCACUGGAGGACAUUGUUGCUAAUGGACAAAGCCUGAACCAGAAAGUUAUUAACAUUCUUGCAGCAGUAAGACAGGUUGGAGAAGUGAAGUCUUUUACUACUUCGGACAAAAGAGCAGGUCAGAGGUGUGAGGUCAAGCUGUUUGACUACUCGGUUGAUUCAUUUCCAAUGAUAUGCUGGGAUAAUGAAUCCAUUAAGCUGGCACAAAGCUGGACGCCAAGAGAAACAGUUUUAUUUGCAUCGGAGCUACGCAUAAACCAUGACUCAUUCCGAAAUUCAAUGGUGGCAACUGUGGUGUCGAAAACCAUCUUCACCCCCAAUCCAGAUAUACCACAAGCACAGGACUUAUUGAACCAUGCGAGAGAAUGUGCUGAGAAUGAAGCCUUUGUGGAAGCCAGCGAAGAAACGGCAACAGAGUUAGUGAAUUUGGAAACAAUCAAAGAUGUAUACACAGUGCAGCAAAUAAUGGAUGCCGCUUCUCAUGCUGCAGAUAAAAGGAAUCCUCUGUAUGGUAUUGUGUUUGCGUUUAUCUCCUUGCUGAAUGUCGAUGACAGCGUUAAGAAAAUUGUUCGAGCUAGAUGCUCUCGUUGCCGUUACUUCAUCAAGGAUGAGUCAGAAGGAUGUAACUAUGCCUUCUGCAACGAGAUGUCCCAGAACCCUAAAUCUGCCCUCCUUAGUCUGGAUCUGCAGAUGGACAUCAGCGAUCACACCGGGACUCUGCCUUGUAACCUAUCAGACAAGGUGGCCGAGGACACAUUAUCAUGCACGGUAGAUGGAUUUUUCAAUUUAACAGAAGACCAGAAGACAUCGCUGAAAUGGAAUUUUGUGCUGGAGCGCUUCAAGAUCUAUGUGAAGGUUUCUUUUUCACCGAAAGCUAAAAACAAUCUGCGUGUGAACAUUCUGUCGUGUAAGGUAGCGGAUCCUACCGAGGCAGUGAAGUACAUGCUCUCCGGAGGCAAUCAUUGA